AUGCCCUCUGGUUCUGGCGUCGUCGACGCUUUCAAAAAUCUCAUCAGACACGGCAAAAAUCACCACACUGCUCGUCAGCAAGAUGAAAUCCACCAGCAUCCCCCACAGCAACAACAGCGCGACCUCCCGCAGCAGCAACAGCAGCAGCAUCAGCAACAGCAACAACACCAAACACAGAAGCACCAGCCAGCCGCAAAAUACAAGGACCACAUAGAAUCAAUUGUCCAGGAAGAGCGCGAGGCAAAGUUGAAGAUGCCAUCCUACAAGGGCCUCGAGAACUUCAAGCUCCUCGACAAGAUGGGAGACGGCGCAUUCUCGAACGUUUACAAAGCGAUUGAUCUUCGCACAUCUCAGAAGGUGGCAGUCAAAGUCGUCCGCAAGUACGAGCUCAGCGCAUCACAGGCCGGUGAGAAGCAUCUUAAUCGCGAGUUCAAAAGGAGACCGCGCGUUACGGAGCGCGCGAACAUCCUGAAGGAGGUGCAGAUCAUGCGUGGGAUCAACCAUCCAUCUAUUGUCAAGCUGAUUUCCUUCUCUGAGUCGCCAGAACACUACUUCCUAGUGCUCGAGCUUCUGGAGGGCGGGGAGCUCUUCCAUCAAAUUGUCCAGCUGACAUAUUUCAGCGAGAACCUCGCACGGCACGUCGUUCUACAAGUUGCGCAGGGUAUCCGGUAUCUACAUGAGGAGCGCGGCGUCGUGCAUCGCGACAUCAAACCGGAAAAUUUACUCUUCGAACGGAUCCCCAUCAUCCCAAGGCCGAAUCCACCUCCCAAGCAGUUCGAAGAGGAUAAGGAGGACGAGGGCGUGUUCAUACCAGGCACUGGUGGCGGCGGCAUCGGGCGUGUCAAAAUCGCAGACUUCGGCUUGAGUAAAGUCGUCUGGGACGAGCAGACAAUGACCCCAUGUGGCACCGUAGGGUACACCGCACCAGAGAUCGUUAAGGAUGAACGAUAUAGCAAGAGCGUGGACAUGUGGGCGCUCGGGUGCGUGCUAUAUACGCUGUUAUGUGGAUUCCCUCCAUUCUACGAUGAGAGCAUCAAUGUGCUCACUGAGAAGGUCGCACGGGGACACUACACCUUCCUUAGCCCGUGGUGGGACCCAAUCAGCGAAUCAGCGAAAGACCUAAUAUCACACCUCCUCUGCGUCGACCCCGCUCAACGAUACACCAUCGACGAGUUCCUCGUACACCCGUGGUGCAAUGAGAUCCCCGCGCCCACACCAGCGUCUCCCACGCCAGGCUUUGCUCCUGGUGUGCCUCUUGACUCGCCGUUCCUCCCGGGCUAUCGUGGAGUACGCUCGCCCGGGGUCGCCUCGCUGAGGGAGGCGUUCGACAUAACGUAUGCAGUGCACCGCAUGGAGGAGGAAGGCGCGCGGCGGCGGGCCGCAAAGGGUGGCGCAAAUCGCGGCUUCCUGAGCGGGCUGAAUGAGAGUGACGAGGAGAUCACGGACGACGAGUCGGACACAGAGGUGCAGCCGAAGGAGCGCGUGCAGGUGCAAGUGCAGCCGCAGGUGCAGCAGGUACAAGGACAGGGAGAGGGACAGAAGACAGCGGCAAAGCGCGCGGUGCAGGAUGGCGCAGUGUACGCGUACGAUGGGCGUGCAGGCCCACGCGACCGAGCGCGGAGGAAGGGCAACACGCCAUUCGAGUUGGACCUAAAUGGCUCGACGCUGCUGGGUCGGAGACAUCAGCGCGGCGGGAACGGGCUUGCAGUCGUCACGCCGCAGGGGAAGGCGAUCGACGGCAGGGCUGUUGGUACGUUUGGCGGGAGCCCAUUGAGGUUGGCAGUGCUGCAGGACGAGGUGGUCAAUCCUGGGAGCCCGAUGCGGGUGGACUAG